CGGAUUUUUUUUAAUGGCUGCAACACAGCAUUCUUAAGCAUUCAGUCGUUCACUGUGUACCGACUUUUUCAACGAGUUAAAAUAAAAUUUCAGCAAUCACAACAAACACACAAAAUUGACAAGCCUAAUUCUAAUCGCAGUAAACGUGCGCUCCAAUACGAAAUCAAAUUUUUCGGUCGCAAACAACAACAACAUCGAAAUAAAUCCAAUACAUCGUUUAUACACCAGCAGUGUAAACUGAAUUAUUACGAUACAAAACGGUAAAAAAAAAUCCAAUCCAAGAAAAAUGUCGAAAAGUGAUGCCACCGAAGAAGAAUUCUCAGUCGAAAAAGUACUGAACCGACGCGUUCGUAAUGGCAAAGUUGAAUACUACCUUAAAUGGAAAGGGUACAGUUCGGAUGACAACACAUGGGAACCAGAGGAGAAUUUGGAUUGCCCAGACUUAAUUUCAGCGUUCGAAGAGAACCGCACCAAAAAAGAAUCGGAAAAACGUAAUGGCUCGAUUACCGCAGGUAAAGAUGACAAAAAGCGAAAAGGUUCGAGUCCGAUACCGACAGACAAAUCGCAAUCAGCGAAGAAGAAAACGCCCGAAGAAAAGAAGGUGACUGGUUUCGAUCGUGGCUUAGAGCCGGAAAAAAUUCUAGGUGCUACUGAUAGCAGCGGUCAAUUGAUGUUCCUCAUGAAGUGGAAGGACACCGAUGAGGCGGAUUUGGUCCCAUCGACGCAAGCCAAUUUGAAAUGCCCGCAAAUCGUCAUCAAGUUUUACGAGGAAAGAUUGACCUGGCAUCAAAGUUCAUCGGAUGCGGCUGACGCCUAAAUUCAUCGCCAAACAUCCGCCACCACCGAAACCUUUUGAAUAAGCCGAAAAACAACCAUUGUUUAACACACACACGAACAAACACACCGCUAAAAAUGAAGUGCAGCGGUACAAUCGAUAUUCCCACUUCUUUCUCAUUUCAAAAUAUGCAUUUCGACGAAACAGAAAAACGAAAACAAACUCAAUUGUUUUAAAACAUUUUUUUUUAUUAAGCAAAACAAACAAACAAACAAAAGAAAGAAAUGCAAUGUUUCAGCUAAAGAAUAAAACGACAGGCUCAGCCAUAGCGCGCUCGCAAAAAAAACAUCAUCAAAACAAACAAAAAAAUUUGACAAUUUUCAACAUUUAUCUCAAAUUUUUACAAAAUUCUUUUUUUCUCUGAUUAAAUUACAAUUUUUUUUGUUCCGACAAAGGAAAAACGAAUGUGAAAAUAAAAAUGAAAGCUAAACAAAUGAAAAAAAAAACAGCACUUCCAAAACAAAACAAAACAAAAAUCUUAUUGAAAGAACAUUCAACACAUUUUUUUUAUUGAAGUAACUUUUCCGUUUGCUUCAUAUAAAUUUCCUUUUUCUUAAAGCGUUCUUUCCACACUUUUGGUUGGCAAAUUAAACAUGUAGACUAAAUUUAAGAUGAAAUAAAGCGAUUAUAAGUGAAAAAUACCAGAAUAAACACA